AUGUUUCUUUUCGCUCGAAGAAGCGCGGUCCUAAAUCAACUGCAGAAAUCUCAACCUCUAGACGCUAUAUUCGAAAAGUCCUCAGAAAUGCUCGUACUUACUGAGAAUAUGGAAGACAAACUGCUAUCCAAGGCAGUUCGUAUUCCCAUCCUUCUUUCCCAAGUCAACAGCCUCCUCGCGGGCGAAAAAUCUCUUGUUGAUUACAACGCAGUUUCUAAGUUUAUCAGAUUGGCUGAAAACUUGGAUGAUGAACUCACCCUUUGGGCCACAAGGCUUCCGUCAGAAUGGUCUUAUACGGCCGUUAUUAACAUAAAGAGUUUCUCUAAUUUCGAAAAAGCACACUCGAUAUAUUACCCCAAUCAGAUUCAUCGAUACCCUAAUUUAUAUGCUGCUCGAUUGUGGAAUUUUUACCGCGUUUAUCGUAUCAUUAUUCAAUCCAUCCUCUGCCGCUUGUCUUCUGUGUAUUCGGUAGAGUACAAACAGGACGAGCAGAGUCAGAUACAAAGCAGAAUCAGCUGUGAUUUGGCAUCCGACAUCUGUGCCAGUGUCCCGUUCCUUCUUGGUUACGACUUGUCAAAUUUAGCAGGGAUGCAAUCUGUCAAAUACCCAUGGGUUCAACCUUCGGAGGAAUCCUACCUAUGGCCGCAAAACUUCCUGCAGAUACCGACCUCUGGGCUAUCUAAGGGCAAAUUCUCCCUUAUCUGGCCCCUACAUGUCGCUUCGAGUGCGAAGUUCUUGCCAGAAGUACAGCGCAAAUGGAUGCGGGCGCAGCUGCAGUGGAUGGCUCACAUAGGCGAAGCACAUGCUCGUUUGAUACUUUAUGCUGAGAGCCAAAUUCUCUAUGGUGGUACUGAAAGCUUCAGGUUUGAUUGUGUAUAA